AAUAUUUUGAGCUAUAAUCUUGGUGGAAUGGGUUGUAGUGCCGGUCUUUUCUCCAUUGAUCUCGCUAAACAGCUUCUUCAGGUCCAGCCGAACUCAUAUGCACUAGUAGUAAGCACAGAGAACAUAACCCUAAACUGGUACUUAGGCAACGACCGGUCAAUGCUUCUCUCAAACUGCAUCUUCCGAUUGGGCGGCGCCGCAGUUCUCCUUUCUAACCGGUCCUCGGACCGCCGCCGCUCCAAAUAUCAACUCAUCCACUCUGUCCGUACACACAAAGGAGCUGAUGACAACGCCUUCAACUGUGUUUACCAACGUGAAGACAACAACGACAACAAACAAAUCGGUGUCUCACUUUCCAAAAACCUAAUGGCCAUCGCCGGAGAAGCUCUCAAAACGAACAUAACCACUCUCGGACCACUAGUCCUACCAAUGUCCGAGCAACUUCUCUUUUUUGCAACACUGGUCGCGAGAAAAGUCUUCAAUGUCAAGAAAAUCAAACCUUACAUUCCUGAUUUUAAGCUAGCAUUCGAGCACUUCUGCAUCCACGCGGGAGGCAGAGCGGUGCUCGAUGAGAUUGAGAAGAAUUUAGAUCUUUCUGAGUGGCAUAUGGAGCCUUCGAGGAUGACUUUGAACCGGUUUGGGAAUACUUCGAGUAGCUCGCUUUGGUACGAGCUUGCGUAUAGUGAAGCUAAAGGGAGGAUCAAGAGAGGAGAUAGGACUUGGCAGAUUGCUUUUGGAUCGGGUUUUAAGUGUAAUAGUGCGGUCUGGAGAGCUUUGAGAACUAUAAAUCCAGCCAAGGAGAAGACUAAUCCAUGGAUUGAUGAAAUUCAUGAGUUUCCCGUGCCAGUUCCAAGAAUAUCUCCUGUCAGUGCAGUCACAUCUUCGUCGGAAUCUCGAUAGUUGUUUUUUUCUCGAUUUCUUUUUUUCCUUUUCUUUUCUUUCAUGUAUAAUAUGAUUCACAUCACACAUAUAUUAUCAAUAUAUUCAAUCCGUAUAUU